UCUAUUUACAUCGGAAUGAAAUGUCAACGAGAGGAAAAAAAUAAAGCAGUUCGGAAAAUUUUAGGAAAUUAGGAGCCAAAACAGGUGCGCGCUAGGUGCGAAAUUUGAACUUGUUCGUGGUCGCUAGCAGCAACAUCAAUGAGCGCCGAAACUCCUACCGGUAUAGGCCGAACCAUCACAGAAACAGUUCUGCAGGAUGAAUCACUCCCCGGCACGAGCACCAGUAAUCACCAGGAACCACCGGUGUUGCGGUUACGGCUGCAAAAGCCUCGCAAUAGCAAGAAGGUGCAAUGGACGAACGGAACCGUGGAUAAUGAACAUAUGAAUAAGAAAAAGUCCAAGUGUUGCUGCAUCUACGUGAAACCCCGGGCCUUUGGCGAAAGUUCGUCCGAGAGUGAGGACGAGUGUGAACAUUGCUUCGGUCACGUGGAGCUAAAGAAGAAGAACCAGAAAGUUCCACCGAUGCCUGCCAAACGAGACGGUGAUGAUAACGAUGAUGAUGGAGACGGAAAUAAUUCGGAUGAUAUCGAUGGCGCUUCUAUCGGACCGGCCGGCAGCAGCAGAUCGUCAGAAUCUUCGUCAGUACCGAGCGGGGAAUAGCUCGCUUAAAAGAAAAGGCUAUCUACAUGGUUACGAUUUUAUUUCCGUUUUUUGCAUAGCUGCAUAACAAUCCAUUAACAAUCUGGCACCAAUGAUUCAACUCACAAAUCGUUCGUAAAUUUGUAAUUAUUUAUCGUCUCGAACCAAAUGUGUAAAUAAAUCUAUCGUUAAUAAACUGAACCUAUUGGUUUUAAAGUAA